AAAGCAGCCCUAGGACAGUGAACCUUUGGAGUUUGAUAUGAUGUGAUUACAGAAUCACCCCAGUGACACGUUGCCAAAUUCAGCAGAAUGAGGGUCUGAGACUUCUGGGUGGUGAUCUCUGAAAUUGCUCAGUGAGCACAUCUAAUUUUGCUGAUUUAUUGCUGAUAAUCACUCACAAUGGAAACCAAUCAAAAAUGCGCAGAUGGAUUGGCUGGUACGCAGAAAGAGACUGCGCUGCGUGCUCUGAUCCAGCGCACAGGAUAUCACAUACACCAGGAAAAUGGCCAGAGGAGAUAUGGUGGUCCACCACCGGGCUGGGAAGGCCCACCUCCAGAGAGAGGCAGUGAGAUUUUUGUGGGAAAGCUUCCUCGAGACCUCUUUGAGGAUGAAUUGGUGCCGCUCUGUGAAAAAUUCGGCAAAAUUUAUGAAGUACGGAUGAUGAUGGACUUCAAUGGCAAUAAUCGGGGCUACGCAUUUGUUACCUUCUACACAAAACAAGAAGCUAAGAAUGCCAUGAAACAACUGAACAAUUAUGAAAUCCGGAAUGGAAGACUUCUUGGUGUGUGCGCAAGUGUAGACAACUGUCGUCUAUUUGUGGGCGGCAUUCCAAAGACCAAAAAGAGAGAAGAGAUCCUGGCAGAGAUGAAGAAAGUGACGGAUGGUGUCAUGGAUGUCAUCGUUUAUCCAAGUGCUGCUGACAAGACCAAGAAUCGAGGUUUCGCAUUUGUUGAGUAUGAGAGCCAUAGAGCUGCUGCCAUGGCCAGGAGAAAACUACUGCCAGGGAGAAUUCAGCUGUGGGGUCAUCCUAUUGCAGUAGACUGGGCUGAACCUGAAGUUGAGGUAGACGAGGACACCAUGGCCACUGUGAAGAUCCUCUAUGUUCGUAAUCUGAUGUUGCCCACCACAGAGGAAACUCUAGAGAAAGAAUUUAACAGCAUCAAACAUGGUGCCGUUGAAAGGGUGAAGAAGAUCAGAGAUUACGCUUUUGUUCAUUUCUCUCAAAGAGAGGAUGCCAUCAAUGCCAUGAACGCACUGAAUGGAAAGGUCAUUGACGGUUCUCCCAUUGAGGUCACCCUAGCCAAGCCUGUGGAUAAGGACAGCUAUGUUCGGUACACCCGAGGCACAGGGGGUCGUGGCGGUACUGUGCUCCAAGGAGACUAUGCUUACACUGUAGGCCAGAUGUACGACCCCUCAGCAGCCUACCUAGGAGCACCAAUAUUCUAUGCCCCCCAUGCAUACACAGCCAUCCCUAAUCAGUUCCGCUUUCCCAGUACCAAAGGGCACAUUAGUUCCAGGGGGCUGGUGCACUCCCCCUCCGUGAGAGAAAUUUACAUGAAUGUACCUGUAGGGGCAGCGGGCGUAAGAGGUUUGGGUGGGCGAGGGUACCUCGCUUAUGCAGGCAUGGGACGUGGCUGUGCCAUGUACCAACUCAAGACAGACAAACAUCCCGACGACAAACUCUAUGACCUUCUUCCUGGCAUGGAGCUCACACCCAUGAAUCCAGUCACUCUGAAGCCCCAAGGCAUCAAACACGCCCCACAGAUCUUGGAGGAUAUUUGCCAAAAGAAUAACUGGGGGCAACCCGUUUACCAGCUUCACUCUGCUAUUGCACCAGAUCAGAGGCAACUGUUCCUUUACAAAGUCACCAUCCCAGCUCUGGCUACACAAUAUCCAAAUAUACAUCCGUUCACCCCCGCCAAGCUCUGCUCAUCAGUGGAUGAGGCGAAGCUGCAUGCAGCCGAACACACGCUGCAGAUCCUCGGUGUUCAGACAGAGGGCGCUGACACUUCCGCUGCUGCGGCAGUCGCUGCUGCAUUCCCAGGUUAUACGAUUGCCAGCACCACUGUUACCCAGCUGAAGCAGGCUGUUUCUCUGGGCCAGGACCUGACUGCCUAUGCAACCUACGAGGGUUACCCUGCCUUUGCUGUGGCAACCCGUGGAGAUGCAUAUGGAGUGUUUUAAAACCUUUAACUAACAGUCUCUGUAAUCUUAAUGUUAAUCUGUUCCAUUCUGUUGUGUUUCUAGUUUCAGUAGUGAUUGUUUGUUUAGAGUUAUGAUAACUUUAUUUCUUCCCAAGUUUUUUUGAGGAUUUUUGCAAUAUUGAGGAACAUGAGUCAUCUUUUGACGUAACUCAGGAAGAGGGCCGUCUGAAGGCUGCCAACAUCUCAAUCCCAAACAUUCCCAAACAUUUGUCAAAGCUUCAAUUCCCUUGAUUUAAACAUAACUUGUGUCAUAAAUUGUGGUCAUUCAGAAUGGUGACCCCAUCAGAUUUGAAUUGUGACUAAAUUAGAGACAUUUAGGCUGGACCCUUGUUCAAUGCUGCCUGCUGCCUUUGAACGACUGCCUUUAACAAUGAAUUCUUACAACUGAAUGUAAUUUCGACACACAUAGUAAUAUGUGCUACAUGAUACAGACUUUUAUCCAGACAUUUGCUGCGUCCGAAAUGGCAUACUUCCCUACAAUAUAGUAUGUGAAAAACAGUAUUUGAGCCAAGUAGUAUGUCCAAAUUCAUAGUAUUCGAAAAUCAGUAGGGAGAAGUACCCGGAUGACCUACUACUUCUGAUUCUGAAGUGCACAUAUGAUGGACACAUUACUAUCCCAUGAGGCCACGGGAGAGAAUUUAUGAGUGGAAAUGAAGCGACACUGGUAGGUCAUGUGACAGCAGCAACAUUGCAGAUGAAGUACGUCCGGAUUUCAUAUGGAACGCACUUUUUUAACGGUCGUAAAGUAAAUUCAAAUGUAGUAGCUACUCAGAAAGUAUGCGAUUUCGGACGCACCUUUAUAUAUACCUUUAUAAGCUUUGGUACUGUAUUUUAAAGUGGUUUGUUUUUGUGUUGUUUUUCUUUCAGUAUUUACAUUAACACCUAAGUACAGAGAGAUUUAUCAGAUGAAACCCAUUCAUACUCUUUUGUAUGUAUCUGCAUGUUUUAUGAUCAUUUUAGAUAUGGUUGACACUGUGUAUCUGGUUCAUUGAGAAGUAGUUUUGCUAUAUUUUAUAAGUUAUUUACAGGCUUGCUACUAAUAUUUUCCCACUUCUAAGUGGGGGAUGUAAGAGCAAUUGUUUAAAUACACAUGGACACAUUUUUGUUAAAUAUUAAGAUGCCUUAAAGGUGACAGUAUUAAAGUUUGUGUGGCACUUAGAACUUAUUUUUAUACCUGAAUUCCAACUCUGUUUGUAUGAACUUUGUUAUUCGAUCAUGGCAUGUUGAAAUAAUUUAUUAUCUAAGCGAUUGGCAUCAGAAAUAGAGGGGGAAUUGAACGGCAUCAUCAGGACAAAAAUAUUUAAAAUAAAAAUAAGCUUAAUAGUGCUACAAAGUAAGAGAGUUAUGAAAAUAUAAUUCUAGGCAAAAUCAACUAACCAUCAAUAAAUCAAAUUCACUUCUUGAAA